UGUCGUGUCGGCUUCAAACUAGCACAGGAGAUAGAUGGAACCCUUCUUAUCAUAAGUUGACCAAAGAGUUUUAAUUACUGCUCCUGUUUGGAUUUUAUGUGCCAUCAAAGUCGGUCCCGUCCAUCGCUGCUUGCAGCUUUAUUUUCCAAUUAUUUCUGAAAUCCCCGAACGCAGCACUGUUAGCCCUGCUGUUUUGUGUUAGCAUUUAGUUAGCAAUGCUAACUUUUUGAGUGCUAGCCUACGUGAGGACAAACUAGCUGAAAACAUUUAGCCUCACUUCAAUAUUGCCGGAGGUUCAACCGGUCGCUAAAUGUGCAAAUGGACGUCGACGAGUGUGUUUUAUCGGCAGCCAGGGCCGUGUUGGAGCUGGCGGAGCGGGAGUGGCAGCCUCUGUCUGAGGCCGAGCUGGAGCAGCGCUUGGACCAGACCGUGGAACAGAUACUCGAGGCGGAACUCAUUAACAAAGUCAAAAGUUUGCAUCAGUCAGAGGUUUAUGUGACAGGAAAGCCGCAUGAAGCUGAUGUGCAGCUUUCACAGGCGGCUGAUACUACUGCCGCUGCCCGGGAGAGAGUGGAGGCAGAGCGGCCACAACAGUGCGAUGUCGCCGUGGAGGAGACAACCGCAGUCAAGUACAUCACAGCUGUCCUUCAGGGCUCCAAAUCCAAGUUCCCACUGACGGGCCGGGCCCGCUUGUCCUUGUCCCAAACGGUCCCGCUGUGCCUCGCCCUCAUGUCGGAGCGCGUCAGCUACCGCGCCUUGUCCCGCCACUUCGGCCUGGAGAAAGGGAACAUCCACCGCAUCUUCUUUCACUUCUGCCGGCGCGUCAACUCGCUGCAGGAGAAGCACAUCCGCUGGCCGGCGGGAAGCGAGGCGGAAGAUGUCCUCUUCCCGCUCUUUGAAGGGGCCGACGAGGAGCGGGCCCAAGGUUCUUGUGUUCCCCGAGUGUUGGGAGUUCUGGGACACACCCGGAUUCCCGUCAGGCUGCCGGCAGGGAAACACGUCGUGCCGCAGGCCAAGAGGAUGAGGAAGGAGGACCACGGUGACUCUUGGCUCCGCUUGGAGCUAGUGUGUGACCGUGCGGGACGCUUCCUCCACUGCAGCGUCAGCGAAGACCAGAACACGGACGGCGGCGUCGCUCUGAGCCACAAACUCCAGCGGAACCCCGUGACUCCCGGCUCGGUGCUGCUGGCCCGGGUCGGCUACCCGCUCACCGCUCACAUUUUAACGCCGUACGCCGCGGGAAGUCUCGGGCGGGGAGAGAAGCUGCUCAACGCCACGCUGGAACCGCAUUUGCGUAUCCUGGAUCAGGCCGUGGCCGACCUUAAGGCCAGGUUCCAGAGACUCCAGUGCCUGGACAUCGGGAACUGCAGCCGAGCGCCGGCCGUGGUCUUGACCGCCUGCGUGCUCCACAACCUCCUGUUGGACAUCGGCGACGUUGUCCGAGGACGAGUUGGAGGGGAGGACGUUUGGAGCGAGGAGGGCGAGGGAGUGGAGGAAGGUGUACGCCAACGAGACGCCAUUGCAGAAAUGUUACGUUCUCAAAGCUCCUGGGAGUAAACGUCUAUUUGUGUGACCAUCUUUUUUACAGUGCAAUAGAUUUUUACACCAAAUUACUGUGAAUUAAAAAUUGAUUCCACUGUUAUUUGUACAGUAACAUCA